GGCGCGCGGCGCGAUGGAGAAGUUCCAGCCCCGCUACUUCACCCCGCGGGAGGUGUCUGCGCACGCGCGGCCCGGGGACCUCUGGGUGUCCUACCUGGGCCGCGUGUAUGACCUGAGCCCGCUGGUCCGGCAGCACAAGGGGGACGUCUUGCUGAGGCCCAUCUUGGAAGCGGCGGGAAAGGACAUUAGCCACUGGUUCAACCCCAAGACUAGAGACAUCCAGACCCACGUGGACCCGCUGACGGGCUGUGUCAAGUACUACACCCCCCAGGGCCGCUUCAUCCACAUCCCGCCCCAGCUGCCCUGCUCCGACUGGGCGAACGACUUCGGGCUGCCCUGGUGGAAGGACAGCAAGUAUGAGGUGGGGAUCCUGGCUUCUAAGACCCGGCGUGUCCGUAUCGUCAACACCCUGACCUCGCAGGAGCAUGUGUUGGAGGUGUGCGCAGAGGAGUCCAUGUGGGAAAUCCUGCGGCGCUACCUGCCCCACAACGCCCACGCCGCCAGUUACACCUGGAAGUACGAGGGCGUCAACCUGGACAUGGACAAGACGCUGGAGCAGAACAAGAUCCCGGAUGAGGACGCAGAGUUCUACCGGCUCAACUUGGACACCGACCUGUACACGCCGGGUAUCUUGCUGUACUUCAACGACGACCUCACCGAGUUCUAGGCGCCGGACAGUGUAGUGCAGCGCUCUUCUAAGGAUUGGCCCCGGUUCGGGAGCUGAAACGGUCGCUCCCAUUCCACGUCGGACGCAGGGUUACUGUUUGCAGUGCUGGUACUGUGGGGCUGUUUUGUACCAACUUAUCAUGUUCAUUACGGAAAUAAAAUCUUUGUUACGAUA